GUUUCACUUGCUUUGUGAACCUGACGAGAACAUCAUGGAGCGUGAACCAUGGCUGAAUCUGUUCAUGCUUGCAAUACUGUGUCCUCUCAUAACCGGUGCUCCAUCCUCUAAUUUGUGCUCUGAUGAGAAUCUCAGUAUUAGAGGAGGCAGUUUUUCUCUCUCAAGUGAUGGGAGCCUUGUAAGAUACAGCUGUUCAGAAGGCUAUUACCCAACCGUAACAAUCCGUCGCUGUAACAGGGGAAGAUGGAACCCGAUGCCAGAAAAAAAGAAAAAAAAAGAUUGCAAGAAAGUCACAUGUCCUAAUCCUCGUGGUUUUGAAAAUGGAGAGGUGUAUCCAUCUUUGCCAAGGUAUUUCGUGAACGACACAACCCACUACUCAUGUCAUUCAGGCUACAUAUUCCGUGGCUCAGGGACUCGUGUUUGCCAGUUGAAUGGGAAGUGGAGUGGAAGCACAGCAGUCUGUGGAAGAAACUCUGAUCACUGUCCUGAUCCCGGCAUUCCCGCUGGCUCUACAAAAUAUGGCAACAAUUUUAACAUUGACGACAAAGUCACAUACCGCUGUGACAGAACAUUGACUCUGAUUGGUUCCAAAGAGCGAGUCUGUCAGGACGAUGGCCAGUGGUCAGGAACAGAGCCAGAAUGUUACGCUGAUUUCACAUACGACACCCCAGAAGAAGCCUCAGAGGGUUUCAGCAGUUCUCUAAAGUCCAAUCUAGAGCUUUCUAAACAACAUGAAGAAACAGAUCAGUACGGGAAGAUAAUACGAGUGCAAAAAGGUGGAAAACUCGAUAUCUACAUUGCCCUGGAUGUAUCUGACAGCAUAGACGAAGAUGAGUUUGAAAAGGCAAAAGAGGUCAUCAAAACACUCAUAGAUAAGAUCAGUUAUUACGAGGUCUCCCCAAACUAUGAGAUCCUGAUUUUUGCCACAGACGUUAAAAAGAUAGUCUCAAUGAGGGUCUUCAAGAGCGGGCAAGGAAAUAACCUGGAACAAAUCCUUAAAAGCCUGGAGGAUUAUAAAUAUGAAAGUAAAGGUAAUCGAACAGGAACUAAUAUUGCCCAGGCCUAUAAGGACAUUUUAGAGAGUAUGAAAAUAGAACAGCUGACCAAUGAAGAAGACUUCAUGCAGACCCAGCAUAUCGUCAUCAUGUUCACUGAUGGUCAGGCCAACAUGGGUGGUAGCCCAAAAAUGCCAGUGUACCAGAUCAAAAAUCUUGUGAUACAAAGUAAUCCUUUACGAGAGGACAAACUUGAUCUGUAUGUGUUUGGGAUGGGAGAUGAAGUGCAGGCUGAGGACAUUAAUGAUUUGAAGACUGAUCGGGGAAAUGAGAAAUUUUUCUUCAAACUUAAGAACUUGGAAGAAUUGAAAAAGACAUUUGACAACAUGAUUGAUGAGGGCACCAGUGUAGCAUUAUGUGGACUUUACAGAGAUUACAAUGAUGGUUCCAAUGACCGCCAUCAAUACCCUUGGUUGGCAAAGAUCAGUGUGACUCGCAGCAAUGGAAAAAUCUCUAACUGCAUGGGGUCACUAGUCACCUCAACCUUUAUCUUGACAGCGGCUCACUGCUUCAAUUUUGGUGACACACAUGAUAGGAUAACUGUUGAUAUUGGUUCAAAUAUCCGAGGAAUAAAAGUGAAGCAGUACAUACCUCAUCCUCACUAUAACCUCAAAGCAAAAAAGGACAUGGGAAUACCCGAAUAUUAUGAAUUUGACGUAGCUCUUAUUCAAUUGGAGAAACCCGUAAUUAUGGAUCUCAAUCUUCGGCCAAUCUGCAUCCCCUGCACCAAGGAAACCAGCGGAGCUCUGAGACUUUCAGAUAGAGAAGGAACGUGCAGAAAACAUCAGGAAGUGAUAAUGAGUGCAGACACUGUGAAUGCUGCUUUCAUGACUGACAGGAAGAAAAAAAUUGACAAGAAGUUAAUCAAAAUCAAGCAGGGAAAAUGGCGGGAUGCUUGUGUUGAGGAUGCCAAAAAAGCUGAGGGAAUUACUGCGAAAAAUGCUGAAGAUAUCGUUACAGAUAAUUUUCUGUGCAGUGGUGGGAUUGAACCUACCAGAGAUGAUAUUGCCUGCAAAGGUGACUCUGGAGGGGCCACUUUUGUGGUUCCUGGUAAUCGAAUGGUCCAGGUUGGUAUCAUAAGCUGGGGAGUGAAGGAUCUGUGCGCGCGCAACCCGAGCGCUUCGUCUGAUGCACAAUCCAGAGAUUACCAUACAAGUCUGUUCAGUGCAGAAGUACGCUCAUUCCUUAAAGACUACUUAGGAAAUGGCACACUGGGAACCCCUCUUACGUUCUUGUGAACAUUGUUUUUAACAGUAGUUCAGAAAUGUUGUGCAUGCCUCUCAGUUAAAUAAACAUUUCUAUUGUCCUUUCCUACUUUGAACUUUGUUGCAAUUUGUAAGAAAUGUGACACAAUAAAAGCAUUGUGUAGGCUAAUAAUGAAAAGCAAUAACAUAUUAA